AUGCGGCUCGGAAUGGACGUGCACGAGAGCAGGCUGCCGCCCGAGCAGGACUCUGCGGAUUUCUGGAUCGAUUAUUUGUGCGUGCGGCAGUGUCUGCAGGACUUUGAUGUGCACGUCAUGCAGCUCGUAAUCGCAAAGGCUCGUUGGACAAUGGCAGAAAUCGAUCACGACUUCGAAUAUCCACUGCGCAGUUUCUGCGUGUUUGAAGCAUGGGCAGCGGUUCACUCUGGCCGAACACUGCUUUGCAUCACGCGCCCGCAGCACAGACGGUUUUUGGAUAACACGCCCAUUAACGCAGCAGUUGCCCUUGCACGCAAGUCUCAGGAUAAACAGCAAAUCGAUAAUUUGAUCGCAGGAACCGUUGGGUUUCCCAGGCUCAAUUCCGUUGUAUCUGAGGCAAUUUAUGCUGCGCAUCGGUUUCAGUUUCCUGUGCUGUAUAACGAUAUGUUGCUUGCCAGUGUAACUCCAGACAUAUUGCGAAGUGCAUCCCAGAUUACGAGAAGAUGA